ACCUCAAAAAAAGAAAAAGGGAAGAAAAUCACAAUUGUUUCUUUCUUCGUGAGAUUUUUCUCGUUUGAAUCGCCAUGGCUGCUCUGCAAUACCUUGAAUCCCUUCGAAGUUCACAUCCUGGACUCGGCGAUUGGUCCAAUUCUGUCGCGGAUUUGUACCAGGAAAAGCUAUGGCAUCAGCUCACUCACAAGCUCGAAGAGUUCCUCGCUUUUCAGGCUGGUGAUGCUGCGAUACAAUUAUAUAACAAUUUCAUCACAGAUUUUGAGACCAAAAUCAACCUUCUCAAGCUUGCUCAUUUAGCUGUGAUGGUUUCCCGACAGUAUUCUGAGAAAGAAGCUGCCAUCUGUUAUCUUGAAGGGGUCAUUGAGAAACUGCAAGCCACUAGAGAGCAGCGUAUAGAAGAGCCUAUCCUAUAUAUUAAGAUGCAAAUCGCCUUAUUUAAGCUUGAACAAGGUGACCAAAAGGAAUGCAAGAAUCUUCUCGAAAAUGGAAAGAGUACACUUGACAGCAUGACAGAUAUUGAUCCAACUGUCUAUGCGAGCUAUUACUGGGUAUCUUCUCAACAUCACAAAUCCCGUCAGGAAUUUGCCGAGUUCUACAAAAGUGCCCUUCUCUAUUUGGCAUACACAGCAGUGGAGUCACUCUCCAACUCAUUCAAGCUGGAUUUGGCAUUUGACUUGUCACUUUCUGCCCUCCUGGGAGAUAACAUCUACAACUUUGGAGAGCUACUUGCCCAUCCUAUUAUUAAGAGCCUCCUGGAAACAAAGGUAGAAUGGCUCUACUAUAUUCUGCAGGCAUUUAAUUCUGGUGAUUUAGUUCGAUAUCAAGAAUUAUGCCAGGUGCAUAAUGCUGCUUUAAGGGCUCAACCAGCACUAGUUCAAAAUGAACAGAAGCUGUUGGAAAAGAUUAACAUUCUCUGUCUGAUGGAAAUUAUAUUCAGCCGGCCUUCGGAAGAUCGAACCAUUCCCUUGAGUGUAAUUUCCGAGCGCACGAAACUUCCUAUUGUGGAUGUGGAGCAUCUCCUUGUGAAGAGUUUAUCUGUUCAUCUCAUUGAGGGUAUAAUUGAUCAAGUUGACGGCACAGUACACGUUUCCUGGGUGCAACCAAGAGUUCUGGGUAUUCAACAGAUAAAAUCGUUACGGGAUAGGCUGGACAGUUGGACGGGAAAAGUACACUCCACAUUGUUGUCUAUCGAGGCUGAAACACCUGAUUUAAUUGGAUCAUGAACCCCGGUCACUCCACUUUGUGUGAGUUUCUAAUGACAUAUGUAUUCAAAAAAAAAUUCAUAGUUAAUUGCUAACAAAAAAAUUAUAAAUUGCAAGAAAAAAAAUUUAACACUCACAAAAUUAAAGACACUUACAUGUCAAUAGAUUAUAUUUUUCUAUGUGUGUUCAUAUUUUAAAAUUGUUUCAUGAUUUUUUUUUUUUAUUUUCGACACCAUAAAAUAUAUCAUUUUCUAUGUAUGUAAGAUAGUUAAAUUCAAUAAAUUAUAAAAGAAAAAAAGAAAAAAAA